CAUUCACACUUGUUCAUCAAGUCCUCACGGGCAGAAUUUACCUCUAAACAGAAAGAUGGAAACUAAAGUACAUUUAUUAUACCAGGCAGAAGAAAAUAUUGAUUUAUCAGAACAUGGCUGUAAUUCUUUUGCGACCUACUUGCCAUCAAGACGUAUUGACAGCAAGAAAUACAUCAAGUUUUCUAAAAUGACAGAGAAAAGAAUUUCACCUGAAAUUAGGGUUUUGAGCCCAGAACACAAACAAACAUAUGAAACAUCAGUAUUCCUAUAUGGAGAAGAAAAAUCCUCUGAGUUUUCAGGAGAAAAACAAGUCAAGAGAAAGAAAAGUUUACAAGCACAAUUGCAUACUAAAAGGACUGAGAUUGCCUCUUCCUCUGUGAAGCUGUCAAAGGAGAAGAUGACUAGGAAAGAAAACUCUUUAUGCAAGUUGCCAAAUCAGUACCGCAUUCACAAGACUUUAUUGCCUCUUUGUACAUCUUCCUCAAUUAUUCGGGAAAAGGAAAUGCUUUCUAACCUCUACGAGACUUUAUAUGAUGAAGUGCCUCAAGGACACUUACACUCACAAGAAUUAAGUGCACUUCAGAAAGCCUGUAGAAUUUUUAGUAAAAUUCGGAGUGGUAAAAUUUAUGUGAAUGAUCUACAAAUGAUCCAUCGCACCUUGAAGAUUUCUAUAAGUGAUUCAGAAAUGCGAAAGGCACUAAAGACUAUUGAUAUUGAUGCAUUCCAGGAUGCUUUGAAGAUUUUCUGUAGGAUAAAAGGUGGUCGAGUUGCAAUUGAUGAAGUGGCUACUGUUUUGGAUAGCAUGGAUAUCCUUGUAACUCCUGAAACUUUUCAGGAAGUGAUAAAACAUGCUAGUAUUGACAGUAACCACAUGGUAGAUAUUGGGGAUAUUAUAUUUACUUUGGAUGAACUACAGCAACAGUAUGAGGAUGUUUCAAUUAUGGAAGGAUCAGCCUUGGAUGAAACUACUUUGAACAGAAAGUUAUCAAAUGUAUCAAGAUGUUAUCUACAAUAUAGGAAGAAAAGCAUUUUCUCUUCUAGACAGUCUGAACCAUCAUUAUCCCAAAAGUUAAAUACGAAAAGCCCAAAAUAUCAUAAAAUUAUGGAAGAGAAUGAUGACUUUGAAUUUAAAAGGUCAAAAAAUACUUUGCAAAUAAGAAAAUUCCUGGAUGGAGUUGAAAGCAGUGAUGUAGGAUUCCAGGAACCAUAUUCAAAGGAUGGUGUAAACUUUAAGAGAAGUUCACAGAAGAUUGCAAUUCAUGACUCAAAGUCUAAACCACAAAACUUGAAGAAUAUUACAAGCCUCAAAAAGUCUCUGGAUAAAAGUGAUAUUUUUAGUAUCCCAAAGCUUCAGAAGCCAGCUGUGAGAAGGCGUUCCAGGCUCCUAAAACAGGUUUCAUCUAAGGAAAAAAGUGUAGUUAAUGCUCUCGAAAGUGUUUGUGAAGCUGUCAGUAAACUCCAAGAAAAUUACAUUGCUGCAGAAGAACUUCAGUCCAUUUUGCCUUCAAUAGGAAUUACUUUAUCAGAUAAAGAAUUCAAGAAGAUUGUGACAGACACUACUAGAAAUGAAAAUGGAAUGGUGAAGUUAGAUGACUUUGUGAGUGCUCUCUCCAAAGAACAAAGUCUUGCUGAAUAUGGUGUGUUGACGGAUAUCAUUAAAGCUGUUGAUGAAGUUAAAGAUAAAAGUAUUGAUUCUGAAGAUCUGAAUACUUGUCUUCAAAACUUUGGAGUUUACCUUUCUAAAUCAGAAUUUGAGAAGAUUGUAGAGUUGACUGAAGCUGGUGAAAAGAAAAAAGUGAAUUUUAAAGAAUUCGUUGAUACUAUGAUGAAUAACACGGAACGCUUUUCUGAAAAAUUAUUAUUACUUCGUACUAUUGAAAACCUCCACAAUCUCAGCAAAGAGAAGAUGAGUGCUUCCGACCUGUGGGACACACUGUCUGGUUUGAAUAGUAAUUUAAAAAAAGACGAAUUCCUAGCUGCACUAGAAUUAGCAACAGUUGCCAAAGGUGACAAAAUACAAAUUGAAGAAUUUGCAAAAGUGGUAAAGGAUAUGUAUGAUGCCUCCAGGUUAGAAGAGUUACGGGAGAUUGUCUUAGCUCUUGAUUUGCUUGAAGGUGACAUGAUAGCUGGGAAGAACUUGGAAGGCUUUCUAAGAAAUAUAGAGAUUAAGUCACCUAAGGAAGAAGUAGAGAAAAUUCUUCAAUCAGAUUUUGUUUCUGACAACAUUGUGAAUGUUAAAGACUGUAUAAAGGCUUUGAGGGACGCCUAGAAAUAUUCCAAUUUUAUUGAUUUAAGGAAAGAGACUUUGUCUUCUAAUCUGAAAUUACCAAAGGCAGACGAGAUUAAAGAAGCUGCUCAUAUUUUGUCACAUGUUGAUAAUGGCAAAAUUGAUAUACCUAACUUGGAGCAUGCCCUGAAAAGUUUGAAUGUUAAUUUAACUCAGGAGGACUUCAGUGAAGCCCUUAAAUAUUGUGACCUCAGUGAUAAUAAGGAGGUGGAUUUAAAAGAUUUCUUAAAGGGAAUUAAAGAAAGUCCACAUUUCAAAGAGUCUAUAGCUACACAGCUACUCUUAGCUACUACCCAAAUUCUCCGGAAUGAUCUAAUUGAUGUUUCUGACCUGAAGGCAUUAUUGGUAAACGAUGAUCUUCAUGCAGCUAAUGAUUUACUUAAUGAAGUGUCAAGAUAUGUACCUGAACAUGAAAAUGGCAAGAUUACCAUUCAAGAAUUUAUGAUUAAGCUCUCCAAUACAUUGGCAAAUCCUGAAGCUACAGAAAGAAAAAUGAUCUUAAAAGAUGUAAUUGAUGCUUUCACAAAUUCACCUAAAUCAUCACUAUCAUUCAACAAUUUAUUUAAAGAGAUUACAACUCUUGAUAAGAUCAGAAAUGAUAAGAUGCCUGUAAAUAAACUGAACUCCCAACUCUUAAGUGCUGGAAUUCCAUUAAGCAACAAGAUAUUCCAGGAGAUUCUGAAUGAAGCAUCUAUUGAUGAAACUAGUGAAGUAAGUCUCAAACAAAUUUUGGAGACUUUGAACACAAGUAAGCCAGCUCCUGAAUUUGAAGAUGUACACACUGCCCUCAAUAAUGUCAACGUGAUGAGCUGCAACAGAAUUCAAGUUAAUGACUUGAAAGAUGCUCUUUAUGACCUCAAUGUUUCUGUAAAGCCUGAAGAACACCAGAUGUUAGAGAAAAUGGUUGAUGUUGAUGAAAAGGGAGAUGUUUCCCUAAAGACUGCCCUUUUAGCAUUGAAGAGCAAUAAGCGUUUUCAAGAUUUUAGAGAGGUUAAUGAACUUGCAAAGGCCUUACACAAAGUCACCAAUGAAAAAAUUGAUGUUGAUGAUGUAAAAUCUGUGUUGAAAGGCCUGGGGAUUUGUUUUCCAGAGGAAGACUUACAGGAGGUGCUUGCAUCCAUUUCUGUUGAUAAUGAAGGGAAAGUGGACUUAAGAGAUUGCCUGACAAGGCUGAAGCAAACGCCAUAUUUUACAAAAGGUUCAAAAAUAGAAGGCCCUUUGAAAGCUCUGGUCUCCAUUAGGAAAAAUGUGGCCAAUCCUGUUGACCUAGGCUCCAUGAUGAAAAAUUUAGGAGUUCCAUUACCCCAAGAUGUGAUUGAAAGAACACUGAAGACUGUGGCUCUCACAGAGGAUGGAACAGUAAAUUUAGAAGAGUUUAUGGGAAAUUUGGUCAAUUCAGAAUUUUCAUCUCUACUUGAAACUGAUGGGAGAGAUGAACUUAAUAAACUAAUGAAUGAAGCUGAAGCUGUAACAGGGUUGCAAGUUGAUGUUCACAACCUUGACACUAUUCUUGGAAACAUGGCAAUCAAAUUUACAGCUGAGGAUCUUAAUGAUCUAACCAUAAAUCUACCAGUUGAUAGAGGAGAGGUUAUUGUCAAUGAUGUGAAAGACGUUCCAGGAAACAUGGGACUAGAACUCAAAGAUCAGAAACACUGGGAGUUGGUGAGCAAUCUGCCAAUUAAUGGAAGAAUGGUUAAAGUCGAUGACCUGGAUACUGUUCUGGAAAACCUGGGGAUCAAACUCACAGAACAGGAACAUGAAGAUCUGACAAAAAAUCUUCCACUUCAUGGAGGAGAGGUUGAUGUCAAUGAUGUGGAAGAUGUUUUGGGAAAAAUGAGGAUAACAUUCACAGAUAAGGAAUUUGUGAAGCUGGUAGAAAAUCUGCCACUGGAUGCUAAUGAAAAAGUCUACAAGAAGAGAUUACUAGAUGGUUUGAAGUCUCUAAAUGAGGGGAUUACUGAUGUGAGUAAACUGGACUCAGUUUUGGGAGACAUGGGAUUAAACCUCACAGAAGAAGAAAUUAAGGAUCUGAAAUGCAACCUGCCUGCUGAUGCACAUGAGAAAGUUGAGAGGAGAAAGUUGUGGGAUGGAUUAAAAGCUUUUACAGGACGAAAGAUUGAUGUGCGGUCUCUACCAGAUUUUCUGAGCAACAUGGAUAUUGAGCUAACAGAUAAAGAACAAAUGGAGCUGCUAAAAAUGCUGCCAAUUGAUGGAGGCAAGGUUGACAUCAGCAACCUGAAACCUCUUCUGGAAAAAAUGGAUAUCAAGCUCACUGAAAAAGAACUUGUACAGCUGAGAGAAAAUCUACCUGUUGAUGCUAAUGGAAAAGUUGAUCUGAAUAAGGUGAUGGAUGGAGUGAACACUGUUACAGGAGGAAAUGUUGAUAUCAAUGACGUGAAAACUGUUCUGGAAAACAUGGGGAUAGAGCUCAAAGAUAAAGAAUGUUUGGAACUGGUGAAAAAUCUGCCUUUUGAUGGUGGGAAAGUCAAUGUCAACAACUUGAACACUAUACUGGAUGAUAUGGGAAUCAAGCUCACAGAUAAGGAACUUAAGGAUCUGACUCAAAAUCUCCCUGUUGAUGUUGACAGGAAGAUUUCUCUAGAAACAGUGAUGAAUAAAGUGAAAGCUUUUACAGGAGAGAAGGUUGAUUCUAGUGACCUGCAAAAUGUCCUGGGAAAUCUGGGGAUUGAGCUCACAGAUAAGGAGAAAGAGAAGCUGCUAGAAACACUGCCAAUUGAUGCUACUGGAAAGGUAUAUCACAAGAGGUUGUUGAAGGGUGUGAAGUCUCUCAACGGGGGGAAGAUUCAUGUAAAUAACCUGGACAGCACUCUGGAAAGAUUGGGAAUUGAGCUCACAGAAGAGGAACUUGCACAUCUGUCAGAAAACCUACAAGUUGAUGCUAAUGGGAAGGUUGGUCUGAAACAGGUGAUGGAUGGAGUAAAAGCUACUACAGGAGGGGAGGUUGAUGUCAGAGAUGUGAAAACUAUUCUGAAAAACAUGGGACUAGAGCUCACAGAUAAGGAAUGCUUGAAACUAGUGAAAAAUCUACCUUUAAAUGAUGACAACAGGAUCUUUAAGAACAGGUUGCUAGAAGGUGUGAAGUCUCUUAAAGGUGGAAAGGUCGAUAUCAACAACCUAGACACCAUUCUCAACAACCUGGGAAUCAAACUUGCAGAUACAGAACUUAAAGACUUGAUUCAAAAUAUACAUGUGGGUGUUGAUAGGAAAAUUCCUCUAGAAACACUGAUGGAAAAAGUCAUAGAUUUUACAGGUGAGAAGAUUGAGUCUAGUGAUCUAAAAAAUGUUCUGAGGAAUCUCGGAAUUGAGCUCAUGGAUAAGGAAUUAGAGAAGCUGCUGAAAGUACUGCCAACUGAUGCUGAUGGAAAGUUAUGUCAUAAUAGAUUACUGAAGAGUAUGAAGUCUCUCAAAGAGGGGAAGAUUAAAAAGAAUAACCUCCAUACUAGUUUGGAAAAUAUGGGAAUCAAGCUCACAGGAGAGGAACUUGCUGAACUGGCAGAAAAACUCCAAGUUGAUGCAAAUGGGAAUGUUGAUCUGCAUAAGGUGAUGGAAGGAGUGAAAGCUGUUACAGGGAAGAUUGACAUCAGAAACCUGGAAACUGUUCUAGGCAACAUGGGAAUUAAGCUCACUGACAAGGAACUUGAAGAUCUGACACAAAACCUGGCAGUGAGUGUUGAUAAUAAAGUGGCUCUGAAAACUUUGAAGGAUGAAGUGAAAGCUUUUACAGGAGAAAAGAUUGAUUCCGGUGACCUACAAAAUAUUCUUAAAGACAUGGGGAUUGAGCUUACAGAUAUGGAGCAUAAGCAACUGCUAAAAACGUUGCCCAUUGAUGCUCAUGGAAAGGUGUUUCAAAACCGGUUGCUGAAGGAUAUGAGGUGUAAUAAAAGAGGGAAGGUUAAUGUAAAUAACCUGGAUACUGUUUUAGAAGCUAUGGAGGUCAAGCUUACAGAAAAGGAACUUGAUCUGAUAAAGGAUCUUCUAAGUGCCUAUGAGAAAGUUGAUCUGAAAAAACUGAUGGAUAAAGUAGAAGCUGUUACAGGAGAGGAAGUUGAUGUUGAUGACAUGGAAAUGGUUCUAGGAGACAUGGGGAUAGAACUCACAGAUAAAGAACUCUCAGAACUACUGAAUAAUCUGCCAGUUGAUAAUGGAAAGGUCUAUCAAAAAAGGCUGCUGGAUGGCAUAAAGUUUCUUAAAGGAGGGAAGAUUGAUUCCAGUAAAGUGGAUACAGUUUUGGGAAACAUGGACAUGAACCUCACUGAAAAGGAGCUUAAAGAUCUAAUACAAAACCUGCCAGUUGAUGUUAAUGGUAAGGUUGAUCUGGAAAAGUUGAUGAAUGAAGUAAAACCUUUUUCAGGAGGUAAAGUUGAUACCAGUAAACUUGAAACUGUUUUGGGAAACUUGGGGGUUGAGCUCACGCCUAAUGAACGCUCGAACUUGCUGCAGACACUGCCAGUUAAUGCUGAUGGAAAAGUGUAUCAGAAAAGAUUGAUGAAAGGCAUAAAGUCUCACAAACUAGGCAAUGUUGAUGUCAAUAAGCUGGACACUCUUUUAGAAAACAUGAGAAUCAACAUCACAGAACAAGAAUUCAUGGAUCUGAUAGAAAGACUGCCAGAUGAUGAUGAAGGGAAGAUCAAACUAAAUACAUUGAUGGAAGAAUUGAGUACUGUUUUAGGAGAGCAGGUAGAUGUCAGUGACCUAGACAAUGCUCUGAAAGACUUGAAAGUAGAGGUCACAGAUGAGGAAUAUUUGAAUUUAGUAAAAAAUCUACCAGUUGAUGCUGAAGGAAAAGUGUUUCAAAAAAGUUUGCUGGAUGGUGUGAAGACUCUUAAAAGAGGAAAGAUUGAUAUGAAUAACCUGGACACAUUUCUGGGAAAUAUGGGAAUUGAGCUCUCACAUAAAGAACUUGAAGGUUUUUCACAAAACCUACCAGUUGAUGCUGAUGGGAAGAUUGAUCUGAAAAAUGUGACACUGAGAAUGAAAGAUUUUACAGGAGAAAAGAUUGAUGCCAGGGAUCUAAAAAAUGUUCUUGGAGACAUGGGGAUAGAAGUCAAUGAUAAGGAAUGUGGGGAACUGCUGAAAUUACUACCAAUUGAUGGUGAUAAGAAAGUUUUUCAGAAUAGAUUGAUAACAGCUUUGAAGUCUUUCAAAGGAGGCAAGGUUGAUGUCAAUAACCUGAACACAGUUCUGGGGAACAUGGGGAUCAAGCUCAAAAAUAAGGAAUUUAAAAGUAUGGUACAAAAUCAGCCUAUUGAUGCUAAUGGAAAUGUUUCUCUGAAAAAAGUGAUGAAUGAUGUGAAAGCAGUUAAAGAUGAUGGAAAUGUAUAUGAAAAUAGAUUGCUAGAUGUUGUGAAAUCUUUCAAUGGUGGGAAAGUUGAUGUCAGUAACCUGGAAAACAUUUUGGAAAACAUGAACAUCAAGUUCCCAGAUAAGAAUCUUAAAGAUUUAUCAGAAAACCUACCAGCUGAUGCUAUACAUUCCCUUAGAGAAAGCAAUCGAGAGGACAUGACCACUGGUUGACCCGGGAGCUGGACCUGGGCAAUUGGAGGCUCCUCAUCCUCUCCCCUGCCCUUGGAAUAUACACUCUGCCCACCAUUCCCACAGUGAGAGCCAUGUUCAAGGACGAAGACUUGAGGGAGUAAUGUGUUGUUGAGACCAUCUUCACAGUAUACUUGACUGAAUCCAGUGAAGGCCUCUAUAUAAACUUUAAGAUUCUGGUGGGGGGGUUGUGGAAAUCAACUCAUCUUGCAACCGCCCGGGACAAGCCUUGUAUGUAAGUUCCCUUGCUUAUUAAAACUGCCACCUACCAGUCUGGAGUGGUCUGCCUUU